GAGCGAGUGAGUGAUUGAGAGAGACACAGGGAGGGAGGGAGAGAGAGAGAGAGAGAGAGCUUGGAAAGAGGAGCGAGCAGCGCAUGCAGAGAUGCGAGCGCUGCGCUCAUUGGCAGCCAUGCCCGUCCUUUCUCUGCCCGCUCUGCCACCUUGGCCUAUCUUCUCCUGUUUCGCCUCUUGCUCCUGGUGCAACUACUACUACUGUCAUGAUACUACAUCUACUGCUACCGCUUCUGCACUCAUCUCACGCUCCCUAUGCCCUAGCCUCGCCCUGCUGCUGCUUCUUCUUCUUCGCCUUCUUCACGCUUCUCGUGUUCCGUAUCCCGCACAUCUUUCCUCCUUUCUUCCUCCUGUCAACAUCGCCAACUUCUUUGUGCCCGCAUCCCCCCUUCUCAAUCUGUGCUCUCCUCUGAUUGGCACUCCCGACCCUUCGCCGUUGCGGGCAAUCUCUCUCUGCCGCGGUUCUUUUCCCUCCCACCCGAUUUGCAAUCGAGCGGUGCCCGAGUGAAGCUACGUCUUCUCUUCGUGAAUUAUCGCUUCGACGUUCCGUGGCUCGCGCCUCGUUCCUCCGAAGCCGUGAGUCUGCCUUAGCAGCGCAGCAAUUCUCUCAGCUGCGACCUCAUCGGGCUUCGGGCGCGAGCCAACUUGAGGAGCGAACGACAGGAGAAUGGAAGUCCUUUCCAUGGACGAGGACGGAGGAAGUCCAGUGCAGCGGAAGACGACUUCCAGGCGGAAGAAGAGUGCCGCGCAAAUCGAGUACUUGGAGCGCCUUUAUGCCGAGAACAAAUAUCCCUCCGAGGAGGUUCGAGCGAAGUUAAGUGCGCAGCUAGGCCUUUCUGAAAAGCAGAUGCAAAUAUGGUUCACCCACAGGCGGCACAAGGACAGGAAGGAUGGUGUGGAGGACGUCAAAUUGACCUUCUACGCGAUGAGACAUAAGGGAGGGGAAGCACACCUUGAUUUCAUGGAAGAACUGAACAGUGGAAAGAGAAUGGGAGGAAGUUUCAAUGGAAGGGAGGACAUGGUUCCUAGUAAUGGUUUUCAACCCCAGUCUUUUCACGGCGGAGAAAUUAGCAAUGGUCAUUACAUAGUAGACAAGAGGAUGGAAAGGACCGAAAGGACGGACAGCGAGUCUGACAAUAGUGAACUGGGAGAAGCAGAAGAUCUUGUCGGUAAUGGAUAUUUACCACCUAUGAAGAGAGGAAGCAUGGUCAACCGGAAGGAUCGUGGCGUGUAUAAGAGACCUCUGCCUGUACCCCCUCGAGGGAAGCCAGGUGCACACGAGUUGGAAAACGCUGCCAUUGCCGCGGUAGAGGCCCAGUUAGGUGGAGCCAUCAGAGUCGACGGACCCCUUCUAGGGAUGGAGUUCGAUUCGCUUCCUCCUGACGCAUGGUCCCACCUAGGGAACGGAACAGUCCCGAUACCAGUUCAAGGGGUCCAAGGCCGUGGCGUGGGAUCAGGAAGAAUGCUGACCGUCGGAACCUAUUGAAGAGAUUUUUUCAGGCAUGAUUUGUGGAACUGCCUUUCGUUUCAUCCUUCCAUCAGAGCAAUUUUGGAUUAGAUGGUUGAUAAUACUGCGCGCUGAUGCUUUCUUCUUCACCUGGUAACCGAGGUUUGAAGACUGAAGAGUGUUCAGCUGCUUAUUAUCUGUAAAGCUCUGAGGAACGUCCUAGAGGCAGUUUGAGAAAUCAAUAACGGAUUAGAUGUAGGUGGCCAUGUUGAGCGAUGCAUGUUGUACAAGCCAAGCCAAGCGAACGGAAGGAAAGCGGCUGUUAUAACAGUAGGGCAAAUUUUUCUCGCAGCGUCGAAACGAUCUGUCAUGAAAGUGGAAGGGUGUGUAUAGUACAAUCAGUUAGAAGAUCCUUAGACCCUUUUAGUGAUACGUAGGUCAUUCCCGUUAAGACCCUUCGUAUAUUCAUCAUACAUUUUCCUUGAUUUCCAGUUUCUGCCACCCAGGGUAAGAAGAUGUCAACACGCCGCAAAAGGCAAGACCGUGCUGUUCUCUAGAACCGGACUAUUAAAGGCCUUAGUAUGUGAAAUAUGGCUUCGUGGACAUUACUGUGGAAGCCGGGUGGAACUCUAGCUGGAUUUGUGCAAAACGGAGGCAGUCAUCAGGGUGGAACUUUGUAGGUAGUUGCUUCAGUGUACUUUUGUAAUUAAAACACAGUCAAUGGUUCUCUGUAAAUCGUUCCUUAUUGUGU